UUAGCUGAAUAUAAUAAAAUUAAUUUUGUAAGUAUAAUUUACUUAGUGUCUUUUACCCCUAAAAUAUCGACCACUCUAUUUCUAUACUAAAAUAUAUAUUACAUAACAUUAAUAUUCUAAGUCAGCAUAGAACAAAAACAAUCUAUGUAAGGCUGUAUAAUUCCUUUUUGUAUUAUUUUCAUUUUCAUCAAAAUAUGAUCCAAUGUGGGCGCAACAUCGCGACUGUGCUUGUAUGCGAUAUCUAUCAUUAGACCAUAAUUUGUGAUUAAUCGAUUUCUCACAAAUACGAAACACCAGAAAAAUGUUAAAACGUUCAUGCGUAACUGUAUCCUAGCGUACAGCUCAUAUUGAACGCAUUGCUCGUAGUUCGUGAUUGAUAAAACAACCCUUCGAGUUGAAAAAUGGGAUAAAAUCCCGCUAAAGUUCUAAAGUCGGUGUUAAUUGUAUAAAUGUCAGUCAUAUCUUAACCUUAUGCUUAUUAUUGGUAAGCUAAUUGGAUAGCGAAGAGAGUAUUUAUGAAUAUUUGUUGCGCGACAGCAGAUAUAUAUAUAUAUAUAUAUGUGUGUGUGUGUGUGUAUAGAUAGCAAGGAAUGCGCAAGUUCGGUCCAGCGGAGUCAGGGGAUGACCCUACUGAAGAUGUCUAUUUUCCUUGCGAUAUCGAACCAUCGAUUUGUAUAUGCAUGCGAGCCGCGAGACCUCCCAUGAUAAUAUUGUACGAGGAGUAUUUAAAAAAUUUAAGAAUGGAGCAAGUUAGCUCCAAAAUUGUGAAUACUAAACGAGAUGCUUACUAUGAUAGUGUGGAGUGAAUUAGAAAAUAAUUAGUAUGAAGUUAUCGGGCCAGAUCUGUCGUGUUAAUUUAUGUAGCGUAGGAAUGACUUAGAUUCAAUGCGAACCAUACGCGAAUUGUUUAGAAAUGGAGGUGUGGUGGUUCUCGCGUGUAGUGGCACAUCACCCUUAUGCUAUACUUGCUGCAGUUUUUGUAUUUUCAUCCACCUGUCUCAUCGUACCGCUUACCACCAAGAAAUUUCCAGAUUUUUCGGAUCCACAACUUGGCUUCGAAGCACGAGGUACAGUACUAGCUCAGAGAUUAACAGCAUGGCAAAACCUUAUGGAUGCUACUGCACCUAGAGGAGAACUUGUCAAUAAUCCAUUGGAGUACUACCAGUACUUGCAACAACUCAGUCAACUGAAUGAGACUACUUUCCGCAAUCAUAGCAGAACGAGUCAGGGAAUUGUGAGAAAGAGACCAAGAAUCAAGAAUAGAAAGAAAGGAAAGAAAUAUGGAAAACAUAAUAAUGGCACAGGAAAAGAUCCAGACGUUACUGAAGACAGAGAUAUGUGGGAAGAACUAUUAGAAUUAAGAACAAAAAAUCGUUUAGAUAACUCAGAUGAUCAUGAUGAGCGCAAUCAUUUAGAGAGCGAUGGGUUCUUUUGUAAUUUGCCAACUGCUUCAUAUGCUCGUGUUGUUCUUGGCUCUGAAUCAGGAGAGAAUAACUUGUGGUCCAUGGAAGGCGUGUUGGCUCAAUGUCACGUUGAUGCAGCUUUGCGUGCGAAUCCCGAGUUCUCAACCCUUUGUCAGACCCAAAUGGAGCAUGGCAGAGCAGGACAAAAAUGUUGCCGCAGCUGGUCUCCAGCUAAUUAUGUAGCUCUUUUAUCAAAUCGAAGUUCCUGUCUUGGUGUCACUGAAAGCGAUCUUGGUCGUGUGGAAAUUCUGUUACAAAGAUGCGCUGACUUCUAUCAUAACCUUCAGCUUACUCCGGACUGUGCAGAAGAUCUUAGUUGCCAAAGACGGGUCCCUGCUGAAUGCUACACUCACAAUGCGCCAUAUCAUUUGCUACACUACCUUCUUGACGUUGAUUUUAUACCAAGCAAUAGGCGGAGUCCUGCCAACAAAAUAAACUCGACAUUGCGCUCCGCAAUGUUAUUCUUGCCUAUUGCUGCCAGUUCAGCGAGUCUAGACUUCUACAGAGGAUUAAGCGUCGAUGGAUUAACAUAUGGGAAGUUUAGAGUCUUGGGAAUGCAACUGGGGCUCAAGAGCACUCUUUUUGAUCGACUUUUAGUUUCUGACUCGCGCCUAGUCCUUGCCGGCUUUGCUUUUGUCACUAUUUGCAUUUGGGUCUACACCGGUUCCCUUUUGCUAACAGCAACAACCAUCCUAGCUGUACUUUUUAGUCUAGGAAUUUCAUAUGCCGUAUAUACUCUUGUAUUACGGAUCACAUUUUUUCCAUUUAUGAAUUUAUUGGCGAUUGUCGUUGCCGUUGGAAUUGGAGCAGAUGAUGCGUUUAUUUUCUGCAAAGUAUGGGAAUGUGGAAAGCAGCAAAAGUUAACUAAUGGAGGUCUAGUACGUUUAGUACAAGAAACAAUGAAGCACGCUCUACCAUCUAUGUUCGUCACAUCGUUAACUACUGCAGUUGCAUUUUUUGCAUCUAUAGUGAGCAAUGUCACAGCCAUAAAUUGUUUCAGUUUGUUUUCAGGCAUGACUGUCAUAGCCAACUUCUUCCUGAUGGUAACAUGGUUACCCGCGAGUGUAGUAAUAUCCGAGCACUGUCGUCUAAGUUUCUUAUCCCCAGCAAACUUUAUCGCCAGAAAGAUAAUACGUCCUUUGAGAAUAUUCGCUGACAAAAUGGCAACCGGGUUUGGCAAGCUUCUAACGCGAAUAGCGAUAGAUUUAAGAUGGUUGUGGCUCGUAGGUCUCGGUGGUGUCGCUAUAGCCAGUUGCAUGGUUGUUUUCCGCUAUCCAGGUUUACAACUACCAGAUUCACCAGAUUUUCAGCUUUUCGACAGUUCUCAUCCAUUCGAGAGAUACGACUUGGUCUACGCCAGGCGAUUUUGGUUCGAGAAACUUGAUAUGAGCGAUGGUAGUGAGGUGUUACCACUGAGAUUCGUCUGGGGUGUAAAACCUGUAGACAAUGGAGAUUAUUUAGAUCCAAAAGCAAGAGGCAAUCUUGAAUGGGACGAAAGUUUUGAUGUCUCCAAUCCAAAGUCUCAACUCUGGUUACAACAAUUUUGCCGUGGGUUACGUGCGCAACCCUUCUACCGUAGCACCCGGGGGCCGCUUCUGCCUAAUUGUUUUAUCGAAUCCUUACGGUCUUGGAUGCAACGACGUUGUGAGGAUCCGAUAACAAUGAGAGCAGAUAGGGAACCAUGCUGUGAGCGAAACCCAUUUCCAUAUAUGCCGGCUGUAUUGCAGCGAUGCGCAGCAGAAGCAAGUGCUGAAUUACAUCGCACUCCUGCUCAUUUGUGGAACAGAGAAGGUCCAGUUACGGCUGGUUUGAAAUUCGCCAAAGAACCCUUACAGCUACCUUCAACAUCAAGCAAUGAUACAAAGUCAUUGGCAUAUCCAUCAACAAAGAUCAAAGCUCUUGUCGUGGAGUAUGAUAGUACACACGCCUACAGCUUAUCAUUUGCUGAGAUGGAUCAAUUUUAUCAUCAGGUAGAGACAUGGAUGCAAGAUCAAUUGUCAAGUGCACCCUUGGGCAUGCGUGGAGGUUGGUUCGUUAGUCGAUUAGAAUUCUACGAGCUGCAACGCACUUUAUAUGAAGGCACCCUGUGGGCCAUGGGUGUAUCUAUGAUACUUGCCCUUACAGUUCUGGCACUUGUUACCCUCAACCCUUUAGUCAGCCUUUAUGCUAUCUUAGCCAUUGGUGCUGCGAUAGUAGUGACAGUUUCUGCAUUGGUUCUACUUAAUUGGAGACUCAAUGUACUAGAAAGCGUUGCUGUAUCUACAGCAAUAGGAUUAGCUGUGGACUUUAGUUUACAUUAUGGUGUGAGUUAUCGAGCCUGUAACUCUGAAGAUAGAAUAGACAGGGUAAAGGCUGCAUUGGAACAAAUGGGUGGACCGACAUUAAUGGCUGCUGUAACCAGCGGUGCAGCUGGCGCACUUAUGCUUCCUUCUCACGUAUUGGCCUAUAUACAAAUCGGUGUCUUUUUACUACUCGUCAUGGGUAUCAGUUGGUUAUACGCUACUUUCUUCCUCUGUCCAUUACUGGCGGUUGUGGGCCCCUCACCUCAUUUUGCUCAGUUCCAAUAUCCACGACUUUCUUGUUUAAGUUCCGUAAGAAUGGAACGGACGGUACAGCAGAAGUGUACCGAGAUAAGGGUAGAGAUCGAAGGAGAGGCAAGGGUAGAGGAAUGCUAUCAGAAUCGACGCUGAGUACCUCCAGCACAGUGUGUCAAUUUCAUUGUGGCGAAUUGGAAGCACUUGCUACACGCCCUUCACUUUCUCUACCUCCAUCCCCGACUGCGACUUUACUUCAUUUGGAUCCCAGUCAAACAACGGUGAGAAGUUACAGGCGAAAGCAGACUAAUGAUCUUGACUGAAUAUUCUGGGAUUUGAAUAUAUUUUAUGUUUCUGAAACCCCAUUCUUAUUAUGCGUUAUGUGUCAGGUAUUGAGUUAUGAUCUUAUUACAAAGUAACGUGUAAGUGGCUGUGCUGGCAUGACUUAUACAAGUAUUAUCAAUAUAUUUACAUAUUUUGUUAUGAUCAGUCGAGCUCUACGUUAACUGAUGUAUUAUAUCUAUCUAAAAUUUUUAAGAAUUGUUCGUAAAUAUGUUAAGGGACAUUUUUAUUUAAUCAUUCAUAUUUUUAAUUUAUUCCUCGUAUCGUGACUUCACUUUGGGACGUGUUAUAUAUGUGUACUUAUACGAUACUAAUAUAAUAGAUAGAAGGUGCUAAUGAGAUGUGUUUACAUGUAAUUAAAGAUGUCAUGAGUCUAAUUACA